ACACACCGAGCUGAGCACCUGCUGAGCACUUUCACAACUACAGACUUCAAAACAACUUGCGAUCUACGCGAUCAACAAUGAAGGCCGCCAUCGCCACCGUUGCUCUCCUGGUCCUGGCUCUCAGCUGCACCUCUGAAGCUGUGCAAGUCCAGGAAAAUGGAUUGUCUUUCUCACUUGAAGCCGUCAGGAGGCUUCAGGAGCUGACGGAGGGCUACUAUGGCACGGGACAACAAAAUCCCAAAUUCAGGUCGAGCUCUUCCUCCCUCUGCGCCGACCCCAUGCUGCCUCAGGAGUUUCUGCCUCUGUGCAAGCAGAGAGGAGCGUCUGCAUCACUCACCAGACUAUCUGUGGUUCCUCUGGACAUCUGCGAGAUUUGCGCCUUUGCCGCCUGCGCCGGCUGCUGAACAGACACAGCAAACCGCCACACAUCUUGCUCAGCUUCAGACUUGUGAUUUCUUUUCAUCUACCCUCAUGGUUUAAGGAACUUCUGACAUUUUUACCUGCAAUGAUGCAUCAAUGACUUUAUCCUUGGAGUUCUGACUAAAGCCCGAUAGAGGGUUUUAGGCA